AUGCUAGGACGUCUCUUUAAGCAGCAACAGCUGCCUGGACCUUUACCACACAAUCCGCCUCAGGGGGCUCCCAAGACCCCUGCAUCGGCUAAUUCUCAUGACGACUCGUACACAAGGGAGAUUUUGUAUGGGCUGCUGAGGCUCGGGCAAAUCCGGCCCCACCAGUUCAGCAGAAGGCGGUUUCGGUUAGUUGUGGCCCAGGACGGCGGGAACUUGCGGGCAAAACAGGUGCUUUUUGAUUCCGCAGACCGCCAGGACCUUGGUUCGAACCCCAGCUCUGCCCAUCAACUGGAGGCGCCGCUGCCUUCACGACCUCGGUCUCAGGAGACCAGUACUCCGGCUUCUCCGAGCCAGGACUUGUCCCAGACGCUUUCGAACUUGCUGUUUUCCCGCAACCACUCGUCCAAGAACAUCCUCACGUCGAAAUUGCUCCAUAAUGUUUCGGAGCUCAAUGAGUACAUGUUCGGAAGAGGCCUUCCUUCGUCGGAAACGCACACUGCUACCAAAGUGCACCUCUUGCCCCAGUUUAAUUCCGUGCACGGAUCCUUCUCGGCGGUGUUGGUGACAAAGUUGUUUCUGAUUCCGGAUACCGGAGGCGCCAUGGGCGAGUCGCUGACCGAGGAUGACCCCAGCUGGCUGCCUAAGCCAACCUACCCGAUCAAGGAAACCACCUACGCCUUCCCGCUGUCAAUGGCCACGCCUGCGUCGUCCUCGCCUGAUCUGCCUUCCUUAGGCGUGUCGAAAUACACCGUCAACAGCCGCUUCGCCAUCGGCAUUGUGAUACCCUACUCGCUGGACCAGUCGGUUGACGAAGUGGUGCUCCAGAACUGGGAGGCCUUGUCGCAGUACCUCGUUUCCUUGCAGACAAUGGUCACGAAGAAACUCUUGAUGUUGAUCAAGUACUCCACGGUCAACGGCAUGUGUCCUUACAUCGCCAAUCGCAGAGUAUCAUUUCCCUCAGAGCUUCUCCAGGCCGACUCAGACCUCCCACGCCAGCUCCACAAGCUCUACCGCUUAAUCCACUUCAACUACAACACCCCACGCUUGAUCAACUCAAACAGUAUCAUGCGGUACUCCUCCGUCCACACAGGCUCUCAUUUCAAAGCCUUGUUGGUCAACUGGGCAUUGGAAGUGAUCAACUGGCUAGAGUUCAAGGACGGACGGAACAUUGUACAAAACAACCACCCCAACUUUGCAUCAAACUCACAUUUCCACAACUAUCUGCAUACCCACCACCUACAUUCCCAUGGUGUUCACAACGAAGUCGAAGGAACGCCCUCCAACACCUUUUUGGCCAGCUUGUUUGCCCUCUUGCAUUCUUUAAGAGACUCGUUAUCCCAAAGGUCUGACAGCGCAGAAACCAAUGGCACCAAGGAACUCACCAGAGUCUUGGUUGUAACAGGCAACUCAAUGGUGGCCAAAAAGCUUAUAUUUAUUCUUAAUGGACUUAUACCCGAUGCCCAAUUCGAGGCAUGCAUCAGCGACGAUGACUACAAGAAAAGCUUGCAGCACGUUGAUCCCAAUGAAGCGGAAGUGGAGCAUUACACCUCCCCUUCUUCUCAAGAAACGUUUUAUAAUCACAGCCACAGCGCAGCAGAGAAGCCCAAACGUGUGACAACGCCAUUUCUGGAUCCGUCGGCCACUCCUGGCUCUAUUCCAGAAACCGCCUCCAUCAGAGAACUCUCUCGUACUCCUGAAAUAGGCAGUACGCCAAUGGCACAGCCGAUUCCAAUCAAGAAGGGCCAUCCAACUCGUGACAGCAUCGCAGAUUCGUCAGAUGACUCCUUGUCUGUCCUGGUUUCUUCCCAGAAAGGUUGGGAAGUACCAGGCAAGUCUGGCCCAGCGGCGAGUGUUUCAUUUGUGGAGAAGCCUCUGUUGGAAAUGUCGUACUCAACUACACAGCAUAUACCCAUUCACGGCAAGCCAGCUAUGUCAACUUCAUCAUCCAUGGCACACCUUUCAUCGUCGCUUAACUCGUCACUCUCUUCAAGCGCCUCAAACUAUUCAUUUUCGAAGUUUGGAUCGUCAUUUCUCGAUAAAUGGCGAAACUCGUUUGCUGCAGGGCAGCAUAAUCUUCAAGAGCCUAAUCAUCAUGCUAACGAUACCCAUGACCCAUGUCACAUUCCAGAUCUAAGCAAAAGACCAUCUUAUCAUUCGCUCAAUUCGCCUUCCCCCGCAGUUGAACAAGAAGAUUUCCAAUGGGACGCUGCCACAACAUCUACUGGAAGAGGCCGGGCGAAGCUCUCAAGGGCCCAGUCUAUGCUUGAUCUACACAAUCUCACAUCCAAUGAUAGUGGUAAAUCACAGCAUCCAACUGAGUUUCCAUCCCUUAAUCUCAAAAGAUCGAGAUGCUCGAUGGUGGUACCACUUGCCAAUGACCGUGCCAAUAGUCUACUUGACGCAAACAGAGACACUAUUCGCAAGAAGUGUGAAAACGUCGUCAAUGCCAAUUUCAAGUAUGAAAGCGUCAACAGCAACACGAUGGAAGUAAAGUAUGAGGCUCACAACGACGAGAAAGUGUACAAGCAGAAGACGUUGCUUCCGAAUGUCGCAUUCGUCGAGGAGUUUAGACCAGAGUACACCAUGCAGCUGUGCCCAAUAAGUCUGAAGAUCGAGACCCAGGUAAUGGGUGCUAUGAAGAAUGACUUGCUUUUCUACCAUAAUGACUGCGGCUACUCUAGAGUCACAACAAGGUCGGUGAUGAUCAGUUUACGUGCGAGAGAGAUCAAGGUGAUUGAAAUGAAUAUAGGAGAUAAGGGCAAGUCGAGGUCGUCGUCCACGGCAUCUGGCUGGAUGGCACCAUCGCCAGCUUUCAGCCAUGGCCAUACCACGCCCCCAGUGUCUUCACAUUCUCCGACCUCGUCGUACUUCCAUGGCUUCGAGAACAAUAACGGAAGCAACGAGUCCAACAAAGGCACUAGCUAUAAAACUACCAUCAGGAAGGUAUUUACGCCGCAUCGAAACAGCGGUGAUAGAGAUCAGAUAAACAAAAUAGAGCUGCUUCUUGAUCGAUUGACGGAAGUAGUUGCGAAGAUCAACGCUUGCAACAACGAGAGCGCCUCGGAUGAAACCAUGAAAGACUUGAACUUUGCGUUGUUUGCGACAGUUGGGAACCUCCUUCAGUAG